UUACACGCACACAGUGAUGCGUGGACAAGUCGUGCUGCCCGUUUUGAGCAUUGACAAGUCAGGAAAGUUCCAAGCAGGGGAAGGGGGGGGUCGACAAUCGUGUCCAUGUAAUCUCCCAACACAAUUUUAACAGCUGAAAAUGCGUGAUCAGAUACAAGAUACUUAACCAGAGUACCAGAAAGAAACAAAGAAAGGAAAAUAAAGAGAGACAGUGACUACAAAAUGGCGUUAACAAUUCUGGUGCAGUGGUAGCAGUGCGCCUUCGAGCUGCCGGAGAUUGCAUUACAGCGGGUGUUUUAAUUUCGCUGGGUCACUAGGUUGAUAGGGAGAUUCUUCCUAUUGUUAUUGUUGGUAUUACUUUAUAGUUUGUUAUUGUUAUUGUUGUUUUUUUUAGUUGUUGUUGUUGUUGUUGUUUGAAUUUACACCACCUGGACACCUGGUCUAUAAAUAUUGUCAAUCAAGUUUGCUAAACGUAAUAUAUUAAUAAAAAUCAUUUAAAAAAAUACUGAAAAAAAUAUGGAUCAAACAUUAACGUCAACCACACGGCGACGUGGGCACCAACAUCAUCCACGACACGCGACCAGAAGAAGACUCGACAUAUCCAACAGAGGACCCGCGCAGUGUGGCCCUGUUGCUGUUGAUAAAAAUUUUACACAAAUAGAGAAUUUUAUUGAACCAGAUGACAAGUGCCAAAAGUCUGUCACUUUGUCAGUCACAGUAUCUUUGGACCAUCCUUGUCCUGAUGCCAGCAACCUUUCAGGACAGUUGGACGAAUCUGUUGAUUUGCUCGAAUUAAGGCCCGCGCAGUGUGGCCGGACCAAAGAUAAAAACGAGUCUACUGAUAACGAUCUGGCUCGCCGCAGGGUUAACCUACAAGUCAAGGACAAUAGAGAUAGCAAUAAUACAACUAAUAACAGUGAUAACAAAAGGAUUGAUGAUUUUGAUUUUGAUUUUGAUUUUGAUGAGCUAAAAGGGUCAAGUAGUCCCGAGCCUGAGCACGCGGUCGCAAGGGCUCGUGGUGACGGUCAUUCUGAUGAUGAAGCGCCCAAUGAAGAAGACCCUGAGUUGGUAGAACUUGCUAAACUUAGGUGUCCCAGUGAGAGGACUGAAGUCACCGCUGAGAGAGAGGCCAGGAGGAGGAAGAGAUGCGCUGAUUAUCCAGGACUCGCUUUUGGCUCCUCGAUUUUCUCCAGCGACACUAUGAUGAAGUUCAGCCUUAUCAGAAAUGAGCUUCAGAACAUCAUGGGCAAUCAGCUUAAAAGGGCUGAAUCAGAAGUAGCAGCCCUCAACCGUCGUAUCCAGCUGCUCGAGGAAGAUCUUGAGAGAUCUGAGGAGCGUUUAGCAACCGCAACUGCUAAGCUUGCAGAAGCUUCUCAAGCUGCCGAUGAGAGCGAACGGAUACGCAAGGCUCUCGAAAAUCGUACAAACAUGGAGGAUGACCGAGUUUCUGCUCUGGAACAACAGCUUGCACAGGCCAAGUUAAUCGCCGAAGAGGCGGAUAAGAAGUACGAGGAGGUUGCAAGGAAACUAGUCAUGAUGGAACAAGAUCUUGAGCGCGCCGAGGAAAAAAAUGAACUUUCCGAAUCAAAAAUCGUUGAAUUGGAAGAAGAGCUACGUGUUGUCGGUAACAACCUCAAGUCUUUGGAGGUGUCAGAAGAGAAGGCGACACAAAGAGAGGAAAACUUUGAGGGACAAGUGAAGAUUCUUGACAGUCAGCUUAAGGAGGCUGAAGCGCGUGCUGAGUUCGCCGAGAGAUCGGUUCAAAAGUUACAGAAGGAGGUCGACAGGCUCGAGGACGACCUCGUCGCCGAGAGAGAGAAAAACAAAUUACUCCAGGAGGAAAUGGAAGCUACCCUGCAUGACAUCCAGAACAUGUAGACCUGCUGUUUUAUUUAUUAAUUUAAAAGAUAAAGACAUUUUUUAAUUAACAAUCUCCACGGUGGAAUAAUAAAUAAGAGUAAAGAUUAUUAUUAAUUAAUAAUAAUGAAAAUAAUUAUAAAUAUAAAAAUUAAUUUUCGCGGCGAAUGGUGCAGAGCCUGAGCAAGGCACAAGGCGGUUCCUAUCAAUUAAUUCGACGAAAAAAUUUCUGAGAGUUAUAAUUAACAAUAAUAAUAAUUGAUAAUGAAUUAUCUAUAAGUAGCCUCCACCGUCCAUAUUGUGUGAGCAGCAUGUAUGAAUCGUAUGAAUGAUUUAUUAAAAAACUAUUUCAAGAAUGAAUUGUUAAAAGUGGCAACAAACAAACAAACAAACAAACAAACAAACAAAC